AUGGAUAUUCGGUCGAAUAUUGUAAACUCCAUGAUAUUGUCAUUAAAAACCUGCAAAGAUAAAAAUAAAUAUAUAUUGCUACUAAAUGAAUUGCUCUCACUUUUUCCAUCACAUGCUGAAAAAAGUUUAAGAUUAUGCUUAAAAUCAAAAAUAAAAAAGUAUACACUAAUAAAAGGAAAAUACCAAAAUAAAGAAUAUUAUCCAUAUCAACAUUCCGUAAAAAUAAAUAGGGAAAGAUAUUCUAAAAAAACUAACUCUUGUUUUAGUGAUGGAGCUUAUAAUAUUACUAGAAAAAAAACAACAGAAAAUUUAAGCAAACUCAAAAAAAAAAAAACACGAAUAAAUUUUUUCAUAGUUUCGGGAGAUAACAAAAAAUAUAUAGUAUUAAAAAAUUCCUGUUCAUGUUUUUAUUUUAAAGAAAAAGUAUUAUGUGAUAGUCGUGACGUAUUAUGCAAACAUAUUUUAUCUGUCAUUUUAGCAGAAUGUUUUAAUAAUUACACACAUUUUUUUUUAGAUUCUUCUAUAUUUUUUGAAUAUUACCUUAAAAUGGUGAACACUGAAAACAUAUGA